GAAAAUCUUCUUCACAACAGAUGAAGCUCACGGUGCAUCCCAUCCAGACAGGUUUAGAUGAGAACUAUAACGACCCAUUCAACGCGAACUUUACAACGACGAAUCCUCCUGAAGAUUAAACCAUACGCCUGUACUCCGAGCCAAUCUCUCCUGUGCUAUAAUCCAACACCGACAGCAACUUCGAGAUUCCCAAAAAAAUGCCCAUCGUCAGCGCUCCUGGGGGCCACAAAAGGUCUCUGUGAGACAGAUCUGGGGUCAGACCGGUGCUGCUUUCAUGUCUGGAGACUCUUUCGGUCACUUAAAUCCACUGGUGCUGAGAGGGGACGUCUGUGCGCUGCUCGACCUGCUCAACAUUCCCAGGCUGCUAUUCGAUACAGAGAUGGCUGGAGGAGGAUUUCUUGGGAAAAUCCCAUCAUGACUCCUGGUCUGCUAAAUACAAGGGAGGAGAGAAAAGGAGGGAGAUUUGGAGGAAAGGGAGAACUUUUUCUGUCUCCGAAAGAAACGGAUUCAGGCAUUGUCCAGUCAAAGGUCGAGCUCAAGUUACGAGUGGACAUUAGGGCACAAUUGUGUUUGGUGUGUAGAAAGGUGACAUUUAAAGUCCAGAGCCUUAGCAGCAAUUACCAUCACUCACUUAAUCCAAACAUGAAGGCCGGGGGGCGGCAAUGAUGUGCGGAAUUUGACUCGAAGCCGACAUUUGGCAGCCCUUUCAAAGGGACCGGUUAUAGCAGGGGCCCUGCGCUUUAUGAAUAUACAACUCGGCUGUUAAGAAGAAUGUUACAGUGCUUACGCCACAAUGCAACACCACAGGAUAACAAAUGCGGUCAGACCAUAAUGUCUGUGCCGUCCCUUUCCUUAAUUAAAAAAAUGUAUUAAGUCUUAAGGCUUUUGUGUUAUAUCACAGUAAUGGACUCCGAAUGCCCUCGCUGGCUUUCCAUGAAUUGCCUUUCCUCCACCAAACAAAUGCCAGCUUUAAGACAGUUUUACACGAAGUAAUAACUACACAAGUGCCAUAAGUUAUCAGGUUCUACCAGAAAAGACCUUCUCUAAUUUCUCUGCGGACAUUUCUAAUUAAUUUAUAUUGACAGAAAUUCAUUUUCUUUUUUGUAAUGAUGUUGUGUUAACAUAUAGGGUCAGCUGUUGUGUCAGCGGUUCUU